UCACACCCUGACGCGCACACCAUCUCCGGCUCAGGACAGGAUCGACACUCACCCUCCAGCCAUGUUUGCAUUUCGACUUGUUACGCUUUAUGUGGGCCUGCUCCUUGUUUUCCUUUGGAAUAUACCAUGUUUUCAGUCAGCUGCUAUCAUCUCUCCGUCUGCCCCGAAGAGGAACAGGGGAGCCAGGCUCCCUCAUCAGGGCGGACAAAGGUCAACCAAACUCCUCAAAGACAUCUUCGCCUCUUCCCAUCAUGUGAGCAGCCAGCGCAAAGAAGACCCGAAGGACGAUGUGGUGCCGCACGAGUACAUGCUCUCCAUUUACAGGACCUACUCGGCAGCGGAGAAGCUCGGACUAAACGCCAGCUUUUUUCGCUCCUCUAAAUCUGCCAACACCAUAACAAGUUUCGUGGACAGAGGAACAGACGAUCUUUUGCACCCUCCUCUGCGAAGACAAAAGUAUCUGUUUGAUGUCUCAACCCUUUCAGACAAAGAGGAGCUGGUUGGGGCGGAAUUAAGGAUAUUUAGGAGAGCUUUGGGAGACUUACAGAAGACAGGCCUCUACCACAUUCAACUUUACCCCUGCAGCUCUGACAUGCUGCUGGACUCCAGACUGCUGGACCCUCUGGACUCCACCACGUCCAGAUGGGAGGUUCUAGACGUGUGGGAGAUGUUUAAAUCUCAUCAACAGCAUCAGCGGCAUUCCCAUCGUUAUCAUGAAGGGAACCAGCUCUGCUUCCAGCUCAGAGUCACUCUCGGUAAUCCCGACACCGAGUUGGACCUUAAGGUGCUGGGCCUGGACAGGAGCGGGCGGUCCCAGCAGGAGAAAGCCAUUCUGGUGGCCUACACGCGCUCCAAGAAAAGGGAGAACCUGUUCAACGAGAUGAAAGAGAAGAUCAAGUCGCGGAGGUCUAUCAAGGAGAUAGAGGCGGUGAGCGCUUCCGAGGAGGAGGAGGAGGUGGGGGAGGAAGGGAUGCGCCUCAGAGGGGUCAGAGGAGAGGGACCCCGCAGGCGAAGGAGGACAGCCCUGAGCAACCGCCAUGGGAAAAGACACGGGAAGAAAUCCAAAUCUAGGUGCAGCAAAAAGGCGCUGCAUGUGAAUUUUAAAGAGCUGGGCUGGGACGACUGGAUCAUCGCCCCCUUGGACUACGAGGCGUACCACUGUGAAGGGGUGUGUGACUUCCCGCUCAGAUCUCACCUGGAACCUACCAACCAUGCAAUCAUACAGACUCUCAUGAACUCCAUGGAUCCCAACAGCACCCCUCCCAGCUGCUGUGUCCCCACCAAACUGAGCCCAAUCAGCAUCCUGUACAUAGACUCGGGCAACAAUGUGGUGUACAAACAAUAUGAGGACAUGGUGGUGGAGCAAUGUGGGUGCAGGUAG